UAGCGGUACAUUACGAUUAUGACGCCGUCCUGCUGUAAAAAGAAAUCGACAUUUCAACUUGGGAAUUUCAAUGUAAACGUUUCUUGUUGUCAUCAGGACUCCAUGUGUAAUGCUGGAUGAACAUACUCAAUUUUUCUUUCUUUCUGCCGGCUCAACGUCUUGCGCAGAUUAUUGUUGCUACCGACCCGUUGAGUGCUGCGUGAAAACCUCCAUUUCGUAUUGUAUUUGUGAUUUUGGAUUCACCUGACGCUCAGCCAGCGCACAACUACUGAUUUUAAACUGACUUGUGAGCAUGAACAAAAUAUUACCACGCAGAGCGAAUUUUAGAACUGGCAUCGCUUGAGCUUCCGCAUACUGUAUUGAAUCAUUAUUUCUGGGAUGCUGGAAACGAUCUGCAACAUAUUCUUUACAGAAGAACAUUAGGAGUGCUGAAAUAUAUUGAAGGCCUACGAUCAUUUUAUUCGCACAACGUUCCCUUUCUGACCAUCGUCCAGCGAAGAAUGGACAACGGUGACAUUGCGGCGAAAUGUCCGCUCGUGCCCAGUGCCAGUUAUCCGGCGACGUAUCCGGCGGCAGCCACCGCCGGGCGCCGUGGCUCCGAUGCGGCGGCCAUUCGCGAGUUUCGGACAUCGCGUGCCAACUCCUAUUCGCGCUCCCGCUCGCAUACCGCCUCAAUUGAUGAGACGGUUGCCGCGGUGUCCAAUUUGGCGGCUUAUGAGGAAGACGUGGAAGUGCAGCUUCCGGUGGGCACAUCGCCGCGCGAAUCUCUGCUGCCGCAGUUGAAAGAUAAUUACAGGUCUAUACUCAAGUAUUUGGGCGAGGAUCCCGACCGGCAUGGACUGAUUAAUACGCCCGAACGAGCAGCAAAGGCCAUGAUGUUUUUCACGAAGGGAUACGACGAGACCAUUCAAGGAAUUUUGAAUGAUGCAAUUUUUGAUGAAAAUCACGAUCAGAUGGUGAUAGUAAAGGAUAUCGAAAUGUUUUCCAUGUGUGAACACCAUUUAGUUCCAUUUAUUGGGAAAGUAUCUGUUGGAUAUCUGCCGAAUUCGCGUGUGCUCGGCCUUAGCAAAAUUGCGAGAAUCGUGGAAAUAUACAGUCGACGGUUGCAAGUACAGGAACGGCUGACAAAGCAAAUUGCCAUUGCGAUUACGGAAGCUGUCCAACCGGCGGGAGUCGCCAUCGUUAUAGAAGCGACACAUAUGUGCAUGGUAAUGCGUGGAGUGCAAAAGUUAAAUGCCAAAACGAUAACCAGCACCAUGCUGGGGGUUUUUCGUGAGGAUCCGCGGACACGGGAAGAAUUCCUGGCAUUGAUCCAUAGGCCAUGAACACCGGAAGUGACGAUCCCGAUCAAUAGAAAUCGUUCGUGUGAAGGCCGCGGCCGAUGCAUUCCUUUCCGCGGCCAAAUAUAUACCCGGCACCUUUAUUUAUUACCCAUAUUUUCCAUUUUGACUUUGACACGAGCUGAAUAUCAAUAAUAACCGGCACAAAUCAAUAUGGAUAACAAAACGGUGGCGGCUGGAUCGGCACUUUUUCCUGUCUAAACUGACAUUUCCUCAUUUUCUUUUCCUGGCGUCAGAAUUUUCCCUGCGAUCAAAGCGUACCUACUGCGAAAAUCACUUUGAGAUAUCCGAAGCUUUAAUUCAUGAAAACUGGGUGAUGCGGUAAUUUAAAGUUCGACAAAGACGUUUUAGCAGAAACCGGGUAAUUAUUUUCUAUUUUAUUCCUUAUCCAUGUUGUUGUCCUUUGCAAUGUAACAAGUCAGUAUUUGAUCAUGAUCGAUUUCCUAUUAAUGUUCGUUUCGAUCACAAGAAGUGGCAAUUGGAGCGCAUUUUCCACCGGUUUGUCAUUUCAGUUCAUUUUUCCUAGUGUUCGCAUGAUAAGACUGUGUUUUCGUGUUUUUAUUCUCAAAGGUGAUGUUUUUACAGUCGGAGUAUGUUUUGUAAAGAAAGGAUUCUGCGAUGGUGUAAAAUGUAGUCGUACGA